AUGAUCAAUUACCGGACUACUCUUCCAGCAUGGCACCGGGUGGCAAGAGGGGGUUGGUAUUUUAUUGCCCUAGCUUUGCUUCUAUGGGACUCUAAUCUGAACAGAUUUACAAGACCAGCCUUUCUUACUACCCGGCGCACAUUUUCGACUUCAUCCAUUGCCAUGGCAUCCCGUAUCAGUGAGACAAUCAGACAGGACCACCGGGAGAUAGAGUCCUACUACAAUCAUAUCAUCAGUAUGCCCGAUGAAAAUGAUCGAAAAAAAUGGCAGAAUCUAUUCACCUGGGAAUUAGCACGCCACUCAAUUGGUGAAGAGCUGGUUGUCUAUCCUGCCUUCGAAAAGCAUCUGCCCGCUGGCACUGAAAUCGCCGACAAAGAUCGCCAAGAACACCAAAAGGUCAAAGAGCAACUGAAGCGGUUCCAGAACAUGAAGCCCUCGGAUUCUGACUUCAUUCCUACCCUCCAAGCUCUGAUGGCGGAUUUGUUGGAACAUAUCAGAGAAGAGGAGACUAGCGAUUUGCCCCAACUCGAAGAAGCUCUGUCGGAAGAAGAAAGUCAGAGCUACUCCACUACUUUUGGAAGAACGAAGAUGUUUGUGCCAUCCCGCUCCCACCCUAGUGCACCGGAUAAGCCGCCCUUUGAGACGGCUGUUGGUCUUCUGACGGCUCCGAUUGAUCGCCUCGCUGAUCUGUUCCGCAAGUGGCCUCAUACUUCGGGAAUGCCUAAUCCUUCUCCAUUUGGGGUUUAA